AUGGCUGGAUUACAGGGACUUGGUGGUGUUCAUGCACCUGCUGAAGGCCUCGAUUGGCAGCGGCAUACUUUUUCUUCCACACGCGUUCAGGCGAGCCGGGUGCAGUGUUCACAUAUUCUUUGUAAACGGUUUAAAAAACCAUCGAUGGAUCUCGCUGAAAUAGUAUCCUCGUCAUUUGCACUUGGACCAAAAAGAAUUCGAAAGUACACACCGCACUUCAAUGUCAUUACAAAUAUACUUAUAUGUUUCAUUCAAUAUGAAACAGUUAUUAUAUACUCGAUAUAUGUCGCUACUUCAACCCAACAGAUAAUUGAAAAUUUCGUAGAUACAUCAAUCAACACUCGUAUUUACAUAAUUAUGUUUUUGCCGAUUUAUUGUAUCCUCGCACUGAUGCCUAAUUUUAAAUACCUCAUGCCUUUCUCCAUUUUGGGAACAAUAUUUCUUGUUCUAGGAUUUAUAAUAACGCUUUAUUAUUUUUUUGACGACUUCAAAUUACCUGGACGGCUUGAAAUCUUUACUAAUAUUACUUCAGUACCCAUUUUCAGUAAUAUUUUUUUAUUCGCCGUUCAUAAUAUGACGAUGAUAAUGCCGCUAGAAAACAGUAUGAAAAAUCCAAAAAAUAUGCCGCGGAUAUUAACGUUGAGUAUGAUGUUAAAUAUGUUUGUUUACAUGGCCUUUGGAUUUUUUGGAUAUAAUAAGUAUCAAGAUGCCUGUGACACAGUCAUUAAAAACUUACCAUUUAAUCAAGUCGCGUCAAACCUCGUUAAAAUAGCUGUAACAUUGUCCGUGAUUUGCACAUAUGGCCUCCAUUAUUAUGUGCCAGUGACUAUUCUAUGGCCAAUGAUAAUUAAAAAAUCUGAAGCGAUAAUAGGAAAUCAUGCUAAAAUGUAUAAAAUUCUAUUCAAAUUAGGUGGUGUAACUGUCUCAACAUUUCUUGCGGCUGCAAUUCCACAAGUAGUACCGGUACUUGGAUUUUUGACAGCUUUCAGUAUGACAACUACAAUGUUAUUAAUGCCUAUUGUAAUUGAAAUAAUGACCAAGUGGUACGACAAAACGCCAUUUAUUUAUUUGUUUUUGCGUUGGACUAAAAAUGUUAUUAUUAUUAUACUGUGGCUCUUAAUGUUUGUAAGUUAA